AUGAAACUCACCCUCCCCCUCGCCGUCCUCCUCACACACGCCGCGACCGCUGUACUCGGCGCAUUCCAGCUCACCAGCACUAGCAGCGCAUACACGGUCGACACUGACGGCGGGCUCGUCUUCUCCGUCAGCCGCACCACGGGCGACAUCUUGACGCUUGUCUAUAACUCGGUCGACUACCAGUCGAAGGAGGGCAAAUGGACGCAUAUCAAUUCGGGCCUGGGAACGAGCACGGUCACGGCCGAGACGGUCGGGAGUGACUAUAUCAAGAUCACGAUCGUGUCGGCAGCGAAUCCGGUGACGCAUUAUUAUGUUGCGAAGAAGGGGGAUAGUGUGAUCUAUAUGGGGACAUACAUCACGGGCGAGGUGUCGCCCGGAGAGCUGCGGUGGUUGGCGAGGCUGGACAAGACGAACCUGCCGACCAGCAUCCGCGACCCCGCGAGUGACAACACGGGCGGCGUGGCCAUCGAGGGGAGCGAUGUGUUCUUGGCCGACGGGACGACGAGGUGUAAGUUCUACAGCUCGGACCGGUUUAUCGACGACUUGGUGCACACCGUUUCUGGGCCUGGAAUCUAUAUAUCGCUCGUGAUGCCUGGAACGGCGUAUGAGACCUCGUCCGGCGGUCCUUUUAUGCGCGAUAUCAAUAACCAAGAAACAUCGACCUCGCAGGAGUUCACAUUCUACAUGAACUCGGGUCAUCUCCGCACCGAACCUUGGAGAAUGGGUCUAAAGGGCCCCUACGCAGCCGUCUUUUCAAGCACGGGUCCAGCGUCUGCUGACCUGGACACCAGCUUCUUCAGCGAACUUGAUAUCCUUGGCUAUGUCCCGCAGUCGGGCCGCGGACUUAUGACCGGGUCUGUCUCUGGUGUUCCAUCGGAAUUCGAAGCAGUCAUCGCCUGGUCCAACACCGAGAACCAGUACUGGACGCGCGCCAGCUCCUCCGGUAGCUAUACGAGCCCCUACAUGAAGCCCGGUACCUAUACCAUGAAGCUCUACAAGCAGGAGCUCCUCGUCGCCAUCCAGACCGUCACCGUGGCCGUUGGCGGCAGCACCACUAGCAACAUCGCCUCUACCGAGGUCGUAGCUGCGUCCCCCGUUUUCCGCAUCGGCGAGUUCGACGGCCAGCCCUUCGAGUUUAAGAAUGGUGACAAGUUCCUCGGAAUGCAUCCGUCGGACACCCGCAUGUCUACCUGGGGCGGGAACUACACGGUGGGUGUGUCGACGGCGGCGGACUUCCCGAUGGCGCUGUUUGCAAAGACCGGAGGGCCGGCGACGAUUACGUUUACGGCGGCCAAUACGGCCAAGAGGACGUUGAGAAUUGCAACGACGCUGUCGUUCAAGACAGGGAGGCCGUCGGUGGUGAUUAAUGGUGCAUGGACAGGUGCGGAUCCGGGCGCGCCGGUGUUGAUUGAUUCGAGGGGUGUGACCAGAGGCGGGUACAGGGGUUACGGGGAGAGUUAUGAGUGGGAGGUACCGGCGGGGACAUUAGUAGCUGGGGAGAAUACAUUGGUUGUGGGCGUGACGGGGAGCGGAGAUGCGGGAUUCUUGAGUGCGAAUUAUAUCGUGGAUGCGAUUGAGUUGUACUGA